CACAACGCAAGUGGGCUGUUUUUUUUCAUAAGUACCCUUUGUUUACGUCUUACAAGAACGUUGUGCACGUUUGUCAAGUAUCUGUACUAAUCAGGAUAGACGAGACUGCCAGGGUUAACCGGGCAAAGCGCCAUCCUGCUUUCUGGUGGUCGCUUUUUGGGUAAUCUACGAGGUACGAGUGCUUCAGGAUAACUGUCAAGAUGAAGAAAAAGGUGCUUCUGAUGGGCAAAAGCGGCUCGGGGAAGACGAGCAUGCGAAGUAUCAUCUUUGCCAAUUAUAUUGCCAGGGAUACUCGUCGCUUGGGAGCAACAAUUGACGUUGAACACAGUCAUGUGCGCUUUCUUGGAAAUCUCGUUCUUAAUUUGUGGGACUGCGGUGGGCAGGAGGCCUUUAUGGAAAACUAUUUUGUGUCACAAAGAGAAAACAUCUUUAGGAACGUCGAAGUCCUGAUUUAUGUUUUUGAUGUUGAAUCACGUGAAUUAGACAAAGAUAUGCAUUAUUAUCAGAGCUGCUUGGAAGCCAUACUUCAGAACAGUCCUGAAGCAAAGGUAUUUUGUCUCAUUCACAAAAUGGAUCUAGUUCAGGAGGAUCAGCGGGAUUCGAUAUUUAAGGAGAGAGAAGAGGAUUUGAAAAGACUGAGUUUGCCUCUACAGUGUACUUGCUUCAAGACUAGUAUUUGGGAUGAAACUUUGUACAGAGCUUGGUCUUCCAUCGUUUAUAUGUUGAUUCCAAAUGUCAAGGAACUCGAGCAAAGCUUGAACCAGUUUGCCAAUAUUAUCGAUGCUGAUGAGGUAUUACUUUUUGAACGUGCAACAUUCCUUGUAAUUAGUCAUUGUCAAAGACGGUAUCAUAGAGAUGUACACCGCUUUGAAAAAGUAUCAAACAUUAUCAAACAGUUCAAACUUAGCUGCAGUAAAUUAGCUGCUCAAUUUUCCAGUAUGGAAGUUAGGAAUAGUAAUUUUGCAGCCUUUAUUGAUGUUUUUACAUCAAAUACAUAUGUGAUGGUUGUGGUAUCUGACCCAACUAUACCCUCUGCUGCGACGCUAAUCAACAUUCGAAAUGCACGUAAACACUUUGAGAAGCUUGAACGUGCCAGCCAGAGUAACUCCUCUCUGAGCAGAUAGAAGUUGGCCCGGCCAAGGCGAGAUCGAGCCGCCCAUCACUGAGUAAUUGAGAAUCUAGGGAUUUGUUACAAAAAAACUGUACAUGAGACGGCUCUUCGCUUAUGGUCUUAUUUAACGUACUAUAGACAAGAAAAAAAUUGAAAAAAAAAAAAAACCAAUUUGAUGUUAUUAAGCAAGUGUUGUAGAGUUACUGUGUUCACGUAUUAAUCGUACACAGAUAUCUGUUUACAAAGUUCUCUAAAUCUCUACACUUGCUUACAUUAUAAUCUUUUUUAUUAUAAGUGAUACAUGACCUUA